AACAAACAAUAGAUUGCGUCACUUUUCUGCGACGUAGCUUGAGUAGCGCUAAAAGCACAAGGCUGUUUUUUUUAUCGGUAAAUGGGUUAACUUUUGCACAGGUUUAUAUAAAUGUUCAUUUUUUCACUUGUAGAUCUUUAUAAUAUCUGAAAAUUUACACGUUGAAUUGUAAAGUCGAAACAAGAUGAACAUUAGCUAACAAAAAGCAACCGUAAAACAAAUAAUCGCGGAUAAAAGUGCUGUUUCAAAUGGAGAACUAGUUGGAAGUGAAGUUCUACGUUAACAGUUGAAGGAAAUAAAACAUGACCACUCUAACAAGACAAGACCUUAAUUUUGGACAGGUGGUAGCUGACAUCCUGUGUGAGUUCCUGGAGGUUGCGAUCCAUCUCAUCCUUUAUGUUCGUGAAGUAUAUCCUUCAGGGAUAUUUCAGAAGAAAAAGAAAUACAAUGUACCUGUGCAGAUGUCCUGUCACCCUGGCUUGAAUCAAUAUAUCCAAGAUACGUUACACUGCAUUAAGCCACUCAUUGAGAAGAAUGAUGCAGAGAAGGUGGUGGUGGUUAUCAUGGACAAAGAGCAUCAUCCAGUCGAGAGAUUUGUGUUUGAGAUUUCCCAGCCUCCUGUUGUCUCUAUCAGUGCUGAAACUUUAUUGUCACACGUGGAGCAGCUGCUGAGAGCCUUCAUCCUGAAGAUCAGUGUUUGUGAUGCUGUCUUAAAUAAUAACCCACCAGGUUGUUCUUUCACAGUUCUUGUGCAUACCAGAGAGGCUGCUACUCGCAAUAUGGAGAAGGUUCAAGUCAUAAAGGAUUUUCCGUGGAUCGUUGCAGACGAGCAGGAAGUUCAAAUGAAGGAGUCGAGACUUAUUCCUCUAAAGUCCAUGACGUCUGACAUUGUGAAAAUGCAGCUCUACGUGGAAGAGAGAGCCCAGAAAACGUAGCUGGACACCAGCGCCGGAUAGCUGGGCUGGCCUGUAGAGCGUCUAACACGUCCGGACUGGAGAGCCAGAUGGAGGAUUUCAUGUUUAAACGGAGAGUUGAGUGUAAAACAUUCCUUGAUGAAAUGCAGAUGGAUUUGUUUUGCUACAGUUUGGAUUGUGAUGAAGUUUUUAUUUUAUUUCAUUAUUAUUUUGUAUUUCAAUCAAUCAAUCAAAGCUUUAUUUAUAAAGCGCCUUCUGCAACCCUGUCAGGAAGCCCAAGGCGCUGAACAUGGUACAUUAGAAAGUUAAAUAUAGUUAAUAAAUCGGAAAAUAAAAGCAAUUCAAAUUACAGAUUACAAAUGACAAAAAAGGUGAAACAUUCUAGUACAGGACAAAUGUGUAAAACUAGGGAUAGAGUGAUGGGGAAUGUCUGUUCGGAGCGUGGCCAGAUAGGGUUUGAUAUUUGAGAGUCCUGCAACUUUUUCUUAUUCCAUAAAUGCACGACUAUUGUUCUUUUUUGUUGAUAUUGUACUUUAUUGUGUAACUUUAUGAAAAAGUUUAAAUCUCAGCACCCAUGUAGUUUCUUUGAUAUAUAUUUUUUCCAAAGACCUUGUUCUUCACAGUAUUUUGGAUUAGUAAAAAGAAAUGCAAACAUCUGCAGCUUCUACCAUUUCUGUCUGAUUUAAUCAUUCAAAUAAAACUUUUUAAUACUCUUC